AAUAAUCAUAUGUCAAAGUCCUAUUCCUCAAUCAACUUCAUUUCUUUUGAAGACAAACAAUCCCAGUAUUCAUUCUAACCAUUUGCUAUAAUUAUGAUAGCAAGAAUUAUCUUUUGCACUGCAGUUCUUCUAGCUACACUUGCAGUCAUUCUCAUUGCAAUAUUCUCACCAAUACCCCACGAAAAUAAAUCCAAAAAUUCUCCUUGGGUUGAUUUAUCCCUUUAUAUUCAACAACCUAAAAUCUCCCCUUUGAAUUUUACCCCUAAAAAAGCUCCAACGGAUGUUGGCGCUUUGAUUUUCCAUCGCCUUCUCACUGAGGGGCCGGAAAACACCUCUCGAGUAGUUGGAAAAGCGCAAGGUUUUAUCAUCCCAAUUCAAGAUUUCGCGAAUUCAGCAUUUAAUAUUAUUUACCUUACGUUUAAUACCAAUGAAUUUAGUGGGAGUUUAAGUGUUGAGGCAAAGAGUUUGACAAAUGAUAAUAAGGAAGAGCUAACUGUUGUUGGUGGCACUGGCUAUUUUGCCUUUGCUCGUGGCCUAGCUGUUUUUGGACAAAGAGAAAGGGAACAUUCUGAUAAUUUCGAAGCUACUUAUCAUAUAAAGCUUCAAUUGAAAUUCCCAAAUAAAUCCAAAACAAUUCCAAGAUGAAUUGCAACUUGUUGAAGCAUCUUUUUCUUGGUUCUAUUUAUUUAUUUUAAUUUUUUUUCCUUUGACUUUUGCUUAAUAUGGACAUAAUUUUUUGAAGAAAUAUUUUCUUCAUAAGAGAGUCGUAUUAGAUGGCAUUGUAUCAAAAAGGAGAAAGCAAUAAUACAUGAA